AUGGAAACCCCAGAAGAUGGAGAGAAAUUACCGACUUUGCAUUUCGUAGAUAUCGAAGGUAACGAUGUCGAUGUCAAAAGGACUAUUCGUAUGGAAAAUAAAGAAAACUCAACCUCAAUUAAUGAUAAGUCAGUUAUCACAGUUCAAUAUCAACAGGAGCAGAUGGAUUCUGAUGAUCUAAAGGAUUCUAUUGCUCUAAUAAAUUCGGAUGUACCGGAUAAUAAAGGCAAUACAACCACUUCAAACGGACAUAUUCGUGAUAGUGAUGAGGAUAUAGCACUUGCUACCAAUGUAAACAGUAAUGGGAACAGCGGUAUUAUCCAAGUAAGGAAGAGGUCAGACAGUAAGACAUCAAGGACAUCAAGUAGUAGGAAUCCGAAGAGUUCAAGUGACAUUUCGUCUGCAUCCAAAAUAUUUAGAAAUCUAUUAAUAUUAGAGGAUGAUUUAAGACGUCAAGCAGGAAUUGCCAAGAGAUUAAAAUGGCAAUUUACUAUGUUUUUUUCAGGGCUUAUUGGAGUUGCUGGGUUUGCAAUAUAUGAAUUAUUUUUUGAUUAUGGAAGUUUCAAUGGACAUUCAAAUACAGAUAAAUCAAUGAGUCGAUUGUAUAGGAUCUUUUUACAAUUUACUGUAUGUUUCAUUGCAAUUACGCUGGUUCUUUUCCAUUUAAGUGGACAAUACAAGAGGACUAUUGUAAUUCCACGACGAUUUUUCGUUUCCUCUAAUAAAGGGCUUCGACAAUUCAAUGUUAAAUUAGUUAAAGUUAACUCUAGCAUGGAUGAAAAAUAUACCGAUUUUGUUCGAUAUAUUAGUAGGAAAGUGGCUCAUUGUAAUCUUUUUCUAUUCCGAACAAUAUUAAGAUUUAGUGAACAAAGCACCAUUGUACAUUUUUGGAAAAGCGUCACGAUACGAUCACAACCGCGAAUUGGAGCUAUCGAUGUUAAGUUGAUAAUAAAUCCCAGAUUUUGUAGUGCCGAGGUUAGAGAAGGUUGGGAAAUUUAUAGAGAUGAGUUUUGGGCGAGAGAAGGCGCCAGAAGACGUCAAAUGGUAGAUGCAUACUCUAUCAAUAAAACUGAUAAACCGCAUAAAAAUUAG